AGUUCGAAUAUCCUUUUAAAUUUGCUUAUUUUGGCUGACGCCACUUGCCUGCUGAUCUAAACUUUAAUGUAAUAAAGUUAUAUCAAAUGGGAGAAAAUCGCCAAUUUUCAAUGGCUUGGCAUCUUCCAGCCCUAUGUAUGUUAGAUCUAAUAUUGAUGAAUAUACGAGCGUCAUCUCCAAUCGAUUUUUGUGCUGAAAUAUUAGUAAAUAUAUACAAAGCUAUCCUCAAUGAUCAAAAAGUUCAAAUAUUAUACAAAAUUCUUAAUAUAACUUAUGAAUUGGCCAAGCCUUUAGGGAUACUCCUGUGUGUGAUUCUUAUCUUAAUCCCUCAGACCAAAUUAAAGAAAUUGUAUAUUCAAAUGUUAUGUUUAGCUUUAGUCAUAACAUCAUAUGUUAUAUGUGAUCAUUUAAUUAUAUGUGCUUUUAUGUCAAAUGGCUUAGUUAAUCCACAAGAAUCUAAUAAGUUCUUCAAUUACUCUUAUCUCAAGAGUGAUAAAUAUAUUCAAUUUAUCAAGAAAUUCUCACCAAAUUCAACAAAAAUGGUGGAUAUGAAAAUAAUUGGCAAUUUAUCCUUUGUAAGCAUAUCUUUAGCUCUCUCAUUGAUGAUGGACUUCUUACUAGCUCAUUCAAUGGCUUCUAGUAUCGAUCGCACUAUUUACAAUCCGUCUCCUUCUCUUAUUCCUUCUUUGCUGAUGCCUUCUUCCUGCCUCAGAAAAUCAUCCUCCAUAUUGCAUCUAUUCUCCCGAUUUCCCCUCUUUUGUUUUUUCUUUCUAGCAUCCAACCCGGCGUUUCUCGUUCUCCUGCCCUCACUAGCCAUAAUUUUCGGCGUUCCUUUGCCUUUCCUUUACUCAUUGGCUUCGACUUACCACCUGAUGCGCACCAUUUUCCGUUCGGCCAACACCCUGUGCCUCGGUCUACUGCCUCCUGCUGUCGACUAUGCCCUCGCUUACCUGUCAGAAGCCAGGGCCCUGUCCCAUCUAACCGGCCCAGCUCCCUUUAUCGAAACCGAAUGGAUGAGGUUGAGAGUUCGAGCCUUGCUUGGGACGUAUUGGAUCUUUCGCACGAUCACCAUUCUUUUUUGGAUGCACGGCCCUGAUCCUCUAAGCUUCGGUCUUAUAAGAACAUGGUUACUAAGAUCUUGCUGCGAUUCAUUUUUAGCCGUUGCCAGUUCUGCCGCCAUACUUCAUUACAUUGUAGAAGGUGUAGGGAUCGCUUUGAAAAUCGCGUAUUUGUCUUUUAAUAUCAAGGGUCCUGAUAAUAAAAAUGAAUAUAAUUGUAAGGAAAGAGUGAAAGACGACGCGGAUGGAUAUAUUCAAGCGGUUGUUGAGGAGGAUAACGGUAAAUUUUAUUACACAAAAAUAGAUGAUACUAUAAAUAAAGAUGUUAUGGGCGAUUGCGGCGGAAAACUUUGUACGGAAGACUACCUCAUUUCUUCUAUCGAUUACAAGAAUACCUGCUUUUCCAAUAAAAUGAUCAUUGAUAACUUUCCUAAUACUAGCAUUGAUGACAAAUUCGAAAAUAAAUUUAACCUCAGCCACGAUAUGAUAAAUGUAAACCAAAUUGAUCAGAAAGGUGAGUGCCGAUGCACCCAAAUAGAUAGUCAACUGCCUAGUCAUAAUAUUUACCCUUCCGACCUAUCCCUCCAAAAAAGUAGUAGUUUUAGUACUACGUUCUAUCCAUCUCCCCCCUCUCCAAAACAUCCAUCUAUCGAAAUCAUAGAUGAUAGAUUUGUAAAUAACUACCACGAUAGCUUUUUCAACCAAAUCCCGGAUCGUUGCAAAGUAAUCCCUAUCGAGCGUGAUAUUUUAGCCGAUGAUCAAUUAUCAUCCACCAACUUAGCCCGAACGGCUGCACUAGUUUUUUUGGUCACGGCUGCUCAAACUGGUCUCACCUCGGCAUCCCUUCCAGACCAUGUCAAACUAGAUCGCUUGAUUCGUAACGCUGUUUUGGUAGUCCUAGCCUGUUUACAUCACGUUCAGGAUAUGUUGGCUACUCGACUCGCCACCCUAUCGCUCGGGUUUCCUCCUAUGGCACCCUCUCAUUUUUUUGAGAGAAUUUGUAAAUACAUAUCGGCACCCUUAAUAUCUUUGGGUAUCGCUAUUCUUGGCUUUAAGGUUAAUUCCACUCCUUUUUCAUUUUUAAAAUGGGCGAGUAAACCUUUAACCCUUUUUAGCUCACCAUUAUUACCACCUUUUGCCACCUUAUUCACGAUGCUCACCCUACUUUUUGCCAUCCCAGCUUGGAUAGCGUGCCAUUUUUUGCGAACGCAUCACUCUAUAUUAAGACAACAGAACCGAGAGAUACCUACCUUGGACGAUUCCUCUCUUAUUUUUUAUUUCCCUCCUACAUCUAAAGUCUUGAACACUUGGCUAGUGUCCGUUACGGUGCUUUGCCUGGAACUAUGCGUCAAAACCAUCCUGACUCUUAUACUCUUUACAAUCAACAGAGGUGCCUUAAGUAGACCACUCUCUACAGAAACAGAGGAGGACUCUGAUUACACUGCCCGGAGAAGUAGUAAGGAGUCAUCGAAUUUUAAGCGAACGACCAAAACAACCCCUUACUUUGAGUUGAGCAAUUUUAAAAUGCUAGAUCAUACAUCUUUCGCUAAAGUUCCUUUGAUCAGUGUUCAGGAUUCGGAACCUUCUCGGGGAUUCCUUACUCCCUUGGAUUUUAUAAAUUCUACAAAUCUCGACAAACAGAAACCAUAUCUCGAAUUAAAUCGUAACCCAUAUCCUGUCCCCUCUUCCAUUCCCACAUCCUCUGACCCUUCCGAUUCCUCGGACGUAGCUUCGAACGAUCUUUCCUGCUCCACGGAAACGUACAUUUGGUACGCCACAGCGUUCGGAGACUGUCUUGAAACAUGUUGUGCCCUUGUACUCACCCUCAAUUCUCUCUGGAUCCUGAUUUUUGAAAUCGAUUCAGGAGGGAGUUCAUGUGUCAGAGCGGCUACCACCCUCCUCAAUUUCUACUUUAACUGCUGGUUAAAGGGUGAGCGAGGCCUUUCGACACUCGUUCGACGUUGGCGGGCUCCUGAUAUUUUAGACGGGCUGAUUUCUAAAACCGGUCUAUAUGAUCCAGUGGAACUCUGUCCCGUAUGCCGAGGCAAAUUGGGCCAUUCGUCAUAUGUUAAAGUGUUGACUACUUCUUGCGGGCAUGCCUAUCACGUGGAUUGUUUACGCAAAUGGCUAUAUAAGAAGUUGGACUGCCCGGUGUGUAGAACACGGUUUUAGUUUCACAACAUAUUGAUUACUAAAAAAAAUGUGAAAGUUACAAGCUAUAAGCUUAUAAAUAAAUGUCGUUCCGAUGAAAUAUUUAUAUAUAUCCUAUCCAGUGAUUAAAUAUAAAGCGUUUUGGCCUACACUAGUUAUUAAUUUAUAGGAAUCUCAGUUGCCAUAUUAAAUUUUUUUUAAAAAUUCCAAAUCAGUGCAAAACUUUACAUGUUAUUUAUUUAAAUUAUAAUAUUUGUUAUAAGUAGUCAUUAUAUAUUUUUUAUGUGAAUUAUAUUCGUGUAUACCUGUUUUGCGAAUUAAAACCUUAUAGUCACGUUACAUUAUUAAUUUUUUUUAAAGUAUUGUAAGAUAAUUUGGGGAUAAAAACAUAUUUUUUAUUUUGGCCCUUAAUUUUUUCUCAAUAUAUAAGCUUGUCGAGGCACCUACAUUUUUUUAGCCCAAAAUUUAAGACCAAUCUAGUUAUAACAAUUUAUUAGUAUUUUUAAAAUAUUAAUAUUCUCUCGCUUUUAGCUUACCAUCGUAAAUACCAUUAUAUUACUUAAACACAAUAAUUCAGGGUUCAUGUAAAUUUAUAUUGUACAUUUAUCCAAUUAAAUCAAAAAUAUUGUAAUAUUUUUAAGAUAAAGAUAUUAUAUAUAUUAUAUUAUAUAUACUUUUAAAAUUAUAUAACAAUUAUGACCAAAAAA